AUGAAAAAACAUGCUGCAAGAAUUCCUUCCACCAUCAAGAUUGUAUUGGCUCUAUCAUCAAUCAUUGCGCUUAGUCUAUUAUUCCACUCGUCCUCCUCGGGCGAGAACAUUAAUCAUACCAGUCAUCCCCAUAGCAACAACAGCAAGAACAAUGGCGAUAGUAGCAACCAGAAGAAAACCAAAUAUGAAAGGAACACAGAGAAUACAGCAGCUUCCACUACUGCCAUCACCCAUGAUGAUUCAUCAUCAUCGGUAGUAGCAACAUCGAAACAUGCAACAAUAACAACGUCUGGUAGUACAGCAAAACCAAGAUUAUUCACCUGUGGUUUUGAUUUGUGGAAUUUUGGACAGGAACUCUUCGGGGACUUAUUGGAAGAGGUUGGUCGAUUUGGCGAGACUACGACUACUGCAAAGCCAACAUCUCAAGACAUUCUCUUGCAAGGAGGAUUGAAUGGACCCUGUAGCCAAUCGCCCGAUGAGGAAUUCCCAGGAAAGGUCUUGUUUGUUCACAGCGAAGCACGCACAGCCGAAAAACAUCUGAUCAACGAACGAUUCUAUCAAUUGGGUCCUACUAGUAGCGAACAUGCCGAACCCUUUGGAAAUGCCCUGUCCUCCUUGUCUACUGCUACUACUGGUGGUGGUGCUGCUGCUGCUACGAGUAUCAUGUCAACAAGGGCCUUACCCAUGGUGACCUUUGGAGCCAUUUUUUGGGUAUCCAGUACGACUCGCGAACAACGACAAUGGAUUUUGGACCCAAAGAAGAGGCAAGGAGCGCCAUCGCAACAAAAUAAUGACAAAAGAAGAAGAGAGGCAGUCGUCUUUGUGGUGAAUCGAUGUGGGACCUUUCGCAAAGAAGCCGCCCUGGAAAUUAGCAAACUCUUGCCCAUUCAUCAAAAUCCAAAGUGUCAAAAUAAGAUUGUUGGUGGGCGCCCAGCACCACAAACUCAUUCCACUGCUAAUUUCCAAGCCAUUCCGCCAAACGAUUGGAAACCUCGCAACUCCUACAGGGAAAAUUAUCAAUUGUAUUCCAAAUACAAAUAUUGUUUGGUCAUGGAGAAUACUGCCACGGACAAUUAUAUUACCGAAAAGUUGUUUUUGGCGUUCAUGGGAGGAUGCUUGCCCAUCUAUUGGGGAACACCAGAUGUCUUUUUCCUCUUUUCCAAGGAUGCCUUUGUCUUUUACGAUUAUGAACAUGACGGCAAAAAGGCCAUGGAAGAAUUGGAAUAUCUCCAACAGAAUGAAACGUAUUACAAGGAGAAAAUGGCCCAGCCGAUUCUGGCCUAUGGAAAUCGGUCAGCGGAAGCCUACCUAUCCUUGGCGCAAGAUGUGGGGAAUGGUCGAUUGAGGUCAAGGAUACGGAAUAUGCUGGGAAUUUUGUAA